CGUUGGGCAGAGUUACACCCUGCCCCGCCCUUCCCUGCGCUGACGAAGGCGUGGGUAGCUUCAGAGCAUGGGCGUGAGGGCGUAUGAGUAGGGGUGAGAUGGGUGACAGAGCCAGAAGCAGAGGAAGACACUCAGUACCGAUCAAACCAGCGCGGGUGGAGCACGCGUGCCCCUUGCUGCUCUGUGCUGGCCCUGUGGCGGGAGCGGUGCCGGAGGUGGCGGUGCUGCUCAGGGAAACCGCGCGAGUUUUCUCCUUUGAAAGUCACCGCAAAAAACGUUUCCUGUCGCUUGUCCAUCACAUCGCAAGUCGCUGAAACAGGUGGCGGCAUAGCUUGAUUAACUUGCUGUCCUGGGCACUUUGAGGCUGUCGCGCGGCGGGGAAGUUGUCGCGUCCAAACUUCGCAGAGUUUGUAAACACGCGAUGAGUUAUUGCGGCUCUCACCUGAAGGCAAGCAAAGAAAGGCCGGGCGAGGGGGAGGCGGCGUGAGCUUUGUCUGCGUCAUCGUCCUCUGUGCCUCCCUCAGAUAUAUUUAUGUGCAAGACUUUCAAACACACAUUAUAAAUAUCCUGAACUCUUGCCAACGAAAUUUUCACGAAACUUUUCCUCAAACUUCCCUAACGAUUUCAACACGCUGCAAACAUAAUCACAGAACCCAACAAGAAAACGAAACAUAGAAAAAAACGCGGGAAGGUAAUAGAAGAAAACGGGAGACUGAAGUGAUACACGAGGGAAAAAAAGGGAGGAGCAUGGAUGACACUGCCAGCCAAGAGUGAAAGACGAGGAAGUGAAGCGGGAAAAGGGGACGUGCAGCGGCUGGGGGGCGGCGUGACGAUGUAUUCCCGCAGGAGUGACGCCACAGGGUGAAGAGACACACACUGUUAGACACUCAAUCCGCCCCGACCACCUCCAUCACCACCGCCGCCACCGCCACCCUCAUCCCCGCCGGGCCGCGCCUCGCCCAGUUAACAUGAGCCGCGAGGGUGACCGGCACAAGAAGAUCCAGACGCAGCGACAAGGCAAACGCGACCUACCCGAAGACCAGACCAUUAAGGAAUUCGCAGAGACCGCCAUGAACGAGCUGCUGGGCCUGUACGGCUAUAGCAAGGUGGACAGUCGCGACACUCUGGGCCUGUCGCUGCACCGUUUCACCGCCACCCACAGCCCGCCGCGCCCCACCAGCCCCGCCCGCCCCUCCGCAGCCCGGAGCCCCGCGCCCCGUCAAAUCAAACCCAGCCCCCCGCCCCCUGCCCAGAGCCCGGCGCUGCAGCAGGGCUCGGAGGCGGAGCACGAGGAUGACUCUCUGGACUCCGAGGACAUGGCGGUGCAGCGUCAGGCUGAGCAGAGCGUCAGGAGUGUCAGCCCCCUCAAGACUGACCAGGGAUCCGGCUCCUCCCGCGGCAGCACGCCCAAGUCCGACAGCGGCGGGGGGUCCAGCAGCGGGGGCACGGGGCUGGUGCUGUGCUCUUGGUGCGGGCGUGUGUGUGGGGGCGGCGGCCACCGCGGGGGCAGCGCCUUCCAGCUCUCCACCACCAGCGGGGAGCUUCAUUUCUGCUCCGAAGUCUGUUUUACUCAAUGUCGACGCGCCUCCUUCAAGAAGAGCAAAGUGUGUGACUGGUGCCGCCACGUGAGGCCCACCGUCACCUACGUCGACUUCACCGACGGAGAUCACCAGUUGCAGUUCUGUAGCGACAAGUGCCUCAACCAGUACAAGAUGCAGAUAUUUUGCCGGGAGACGGAGGCUCACCUGCAGAUGCAUCCUCACCUCAACGACCUGAAGCCAGCCACGUCGAGCGGCCUCAUCACGCCUGACCUGUGGCUGCGGGACUGCAAUCAGACGGGCAAUGAUUCGGACACCCAGCCGGAGAACGACGUGCAGGUGGGCUCGCCGGACUCCCCGAUCCGCCCGCCCUCGCCUGCCCUCGCCUCGCCGGAGCCCUCAGAGCCCGUCAACCUCACCACCACACAGUCCUCCCGAAAUGAUCCUCGGGCCCCUUCACCCCCAGCCAGGGCGUCCCCGCUACCCACGCGGCAAGCCCUUACACGUGCCAGCGAGACCCGUAGCCCUGCCCCGCCCCCCACACCCCGCUACGGCCGUCCCAGGCUGCGGGACCGGCGGGACGGACCGCGAGAGACGGGACGGCCACGGACAGUGCGUUCUUCCCUGCAGGUGACGCGCACCACCCAGGCGGACGUGGAAAGGCCCGAAGAACCCGUCAGACUGCCGACCAUUCGCGUGCGGCAGCUGGAGCCGCAGCAACAGGAGGCGGGCCCUGCAGGGGAGCGGGAAAUAGCCCCGUCAGUGGACGUGGGUGGCGAGACCAACAGAGAGAACUCGCCUCGUCCACCCGCCCAGCCCGCAGGACUACCACUGGGUGGGCUUGCGGGCGGCCUCGGAGGGCUGCUACCCAUGGUAGGCGGAGCUCCUCUGCUGCUGCCACACAUGCUGCCGCCAGACCUGCCCCGCACGCCCCUGCUGCCCCACCUGCUGCUCCAACGACCGGAGCUUCUGCGUCCACCACCUAUGCGUCACCCACUACUGGCCGCGCCGCAGGCACCCACCCCCCAUACUCCUGCGCCCCCUACAGCCGUCCCGCCGCCUCCCCAAGGACCACCAAAAACCCUAGGGGGCUCCCUGCUACCCCCAGUGACGGUGCUCAUACCGUGUCCUCUUCCCAUCCCCAUUCCCAUCCCCAUCCCCAUUCCCAUCCCCAUCCCUUUCAUUCCCCGCCCCGACGGUCCCGAGGCCCGCCCCGCCCCACAAAAAGAGCCCUCAGGGCGACCCCGUUCGGUGCCCCGCAAAGACCCAGGUCGCCCCAGCUCAGUCAUUAAUGGCCCCGUUGGCCCCUCCACCAGCACGGCAGUCCCAGGCUGUCCGGCUCCCGCCCAGCCUCCUCCACCCCUGCCACCGAGGUCCUCUUCUUCGCCGUCGGCUGAGGGGGGAGAUCGGUGUCUGCGCCCUGACCGUGAGCGCCGCAGCAUCCUGCGCUACACCUCCGACGUGUAUGAAAUCAACGGAGUGUUCCUUCCGAGGGACUCUGCUUGGGACUCCCCUGAGCCGCUGCAACUGCGUCGCGCCCUGGUGGGGGAGGCGGGCCCCGAUGCAGCCGCCACUUACGGCCUUCAUCAGGAGGAAGAAUCAAAGAACCCGUCGGGAACUCCUUCCCCAGAGUCCAGCGAGGACAACAAAGAGGCACUGGUGGGCCUCACUCGGCGGAGUGAGGAAGACAGCACCGUCAGGAGGUUGCUUGGGGACGACGAAGAUGAUGAUGAUAAUCACAAAGAUGAAACCAAACCUGCAGACAUCGCGGAGGGGGAGCGCACCAGUCCUGCCCCGGCACCUGCCCCGGCACCUGCACCCACCACAGCCCCAGCGCCGGCCAAGAAGCGCCCUCCUCCCGGUGACCACGUGCAGCCCUUACCGAAGAAGAAGCACCUGCUGGUGUGACCCCAGCUGUUCCGCCGGCAGCAAGGGGCGCCCACCCGCUGAUCCCGGCAAAGUGGAAGGUUCAGCCGACGAAAUGUCAGCCUGGAGCCGGGACUGCAGUUACGCUGGCCCCUACACCGCCGCGGCUGAUGCCGGCAGUUAAACACGGUGAUGAACUUUCCUGACGGUGACAGAGAACACGCGUCGCCGGAGCAGGUUCCUUUAGACUGAAGCCAAAGAAGUGUAUCGCGGCGGACAGCCUCACGGGGCGGGGACACGGCUAGGCCGGGUUUUCUGACGAGCCGAGCUCCGCCUGGCCGCCGCCACCUGACGGUGUGCUGCAGUGUGCUGCUGCUGCUGGUGACGCUGCUGCCGCUGCUGCUGCUGUUGCUGCUGCUGCUGCUCUUGCCGCCGCCGCUGUUGCUGCUGCUGUGUUCUCUGCAUUGUACGAUAAGCUUCUCUGUACCAUAGUGUGACGUCAUAGAUGUUGAUGUAUAUACAGCGAUAUAUUCUUACGCCGCGUGUUAUAUGUUUUAUGUUGAUAUUACAUAUAUAUACAUACAUACAUACAUACUUAUAUAUACUGUCCUGCACUAUCUUUUUCACAUGUACUUUUUGUAAUAAUCUCUCUCUCUCUCUCUCUCUCUCUCUCUCUCUCUCUCUCUCUCUCUCUCUCUCUCUCUCUCUCUCUCUCUCUCUCUCUCUCUCUCUUUCUCUUCGUUCCUAAAUCAUCUAGUCACAGGGGAGGGGAUGGGAGGGAAAGGGAAGGGGAGGGUGGGAAGGGAAGGAAAAGAGAAAGGAGAAUGGGGAGGGAAGGGAGGAAAGACUGUAGAGGAAAGAGUGAAGGGGAGGAGGGGAUGGGUGGAGGGGAGGAGUAGACUGGCACAAGUAAUACUGGAACCAUAAUACAGACACCGAGAACAAGACCAAUAACAAAAGAAAAAGGAGGAAGAGGAGAAAAGAAAAGAAGAGCGACAGGAGAAGGAGGAGAAGGAGGAGUAGUAGUGAGUGAUAGCUGAGAGUAAAAAGGAGACGAAGAAGAGGGAGAGAAGGUAAAAAAAUGGAGGAUGAGAAGGAAAAUGAGUGAAUGAUGGCUCCUAAUGUCUUUUAAUAUAGAGGUCCUUAGCGUCAAAGUGUCCAGCGAGGCGCCUGUUUUGGAGCACGAUGCAGGUGAGAAGAAAAAAACAACUUGUGCCGUUAGAAAGACGUAACACCUGAAUGUGAAGCUCAACAGGAUGGAAGCGGCCGAUGUCAACAGCACGUAAGGUUGCUGGUCACGCCCCCUCCUCUCGUGUAAGGUCAAUGAAUAAAGGAUCACGACAUGCA